AUGUCGACAUCAAAUACCGCCGGUCGAACGGCAAGACACCUUUUGCGCUCGUCUUUAUCCGCCUCCCGAACCACGCCGUCCACUUCGGCGCUGGCCGCCCCAAAUGUGUCACAACGAAGCGUCUCGUCUUCGGCACCACGCACUUCUUUCCUUUCCAACAUCACCGACCGACUCGCCAAAGUAGCGCUCGGAGACAACUACACCAAGAGCCGUCAACGCGGCGGUGUCCUUCCCGAAGAGCAAAACAAACUCGACUUUGAACGCCGUCGAGACUCGGCCAUGGCAUCCGUCUCCCCCGACGGCACUCCUCUCUUUGACGACGUCGAGUCGCUCCCCAUCUCGCAGCAGGCACAACGCAAGCAGCAGCGCAUCUCUGCCAAGAUCGCCACGCGCCAGUUGCGCAAACGCUUCAACGCCAAGGAUCCGCUCACGGGCGAGGCGCUGGAGCACAAGUACUCGACAGCCGCCUUCAAGAUCUCUCCGCGCAAGUUGCAGAUGCUGGCCAACCAGAUCAGCGGCCAGCCGAUCGACUAUGCCAUUCUGCAGAUGCAGUUCUCGCCCAAGCGCGCAGCCAAGCGCGUCCUGAGCACCCUGGCGCUCGCGAGGGAUCAUGCGCAGGCAAAGGGCAUGGAGGUGCCCCGUCUCGUGGUCAGCGAGGCCUGGGUGGGCAAGGGUAUCUAUUUGACCAGGACUGAUAUCAAGGGAAGGGCGAGGAUGGGCAGGAAACAUCACCCGCAGGCCAGGAUGAGUGUCGUGUUGCGGUACGGCAAGACGUAUGCUGACAAGGAGGUGGAGGCCAUCGAGAAGGCAAGGAAGAGGGUCAGGGCUGUAGGGACCGGUGGGGUUGUUAGGACGGAUAAUGUCAUUGUCAACGGGUUCCAGCGACCCGGGUGGGGCUGGUAG